AGGUUUCUAUUAAAACAUGUCUGCGAAGAGUUAUGAGCUGUAUAUUCACCAAUGGAAGAAAAAUAAUCGGCAUUGAAAUUAAAGAUCCUGAGUGUAGUGUUCAUAUUAACUUGCCCUGCAUGUGAUAUAAUCUUGAAUCCCGAGGCAUUUUCUGUAGGCCUACCAGGCUGCCAGAGUGGUGGAUUUUCAUUUGCAGAUGCAUUGAGCUCUGCCGGGUUUAGUGAAGCGUGCCAUUUUUUUUUUAUUAUAUUUCAUCUGUUAAUUUGUUUUUUAUUGUUUUGUUAUAAUUAUAGUUUGUUCAUUCUCUUUUUCUCUCUGUUCAUCACUGUAGUAGCUCACUAUACCAACUAUUCUUUUUAUCCAUUUGCUUUCUCUGAACAAACGGUGGACUGAGAGGACAUAAUUUUCAUUGUUGUGUUGGAAUAAUGCGGUUGUUGGAUAUCCUAAUCAAAGAUAAAAAGGACAAAGAAAUCAAGUACCUAGAGAUUGUGGGUAUUUGGUGAAUAAUAACAUCCAUUGUUGAUUCACAUAUCCUGAUAGAACGGUCUUCAUCAUUCUUGCAGAUUGUUAAGAUACAGCUUGACCCCAUAAUUGAAGCCAUUUCGUGUGCUCACCCAGCAAUUUGUGAGGCACUAAGAAUCAUCUUAUAGAUGAACCUAAUUUGCAGGCCAUGGUCCACACAUUUUUGGAUGGUGUAAUCCAAUAUUGCAGGCUUGCACAUUACAAUUGAAUAGGAAAAGUUUGUUCCAAGACUUGAACGAAAAGCGAUUCCAAUGAUGAAAGGUGAAGCAAAAUCAUACGCAUUCUCAUUAUGAAAAUUUUAAAUCUACUGUGGGAACCAUUGGCUCCUCUCUUUUUUAACUUUUCCUCAUACAAACAAGAGAAAAACCGGAUGCUAGAAUUUUUAUUAGUUUUUCUUGUAAUUUUUCAUCUUUCCCACUGUCUUCUUGUGUGGAAUUUAGGGUGUUCUUGGGCCCUACCAUUUCCUCAGAGAAAGGGCUCAUUAUUCAACCAUAACAUAGGAUCUUUACUAUCAUACAAUUCCAUUUAUCAGCAUUCUUCUUAUUGCGCAAAUCACGACCAUCCAAAUUGUGAUCUGCCUUUUGCAGGAUCAAGAAUCUGAUAAUCACAGCCAUUCAAACAAAAGCAGAUACAAGUUGGUGUGCCUUAUUUAUAGGGGACAAUACAUAUUAGACUUCUAUAACAGAAAGCAGCAAGGUUGAUACAAAAUUUAAGGUUUCUGAUUCCUGGUAAAGGAACAAUGCGAGGGUUCAGCAUUUUUCCUCUCGGAGGUUGCUUUGAUGGCUGUCGAGAUCAUACGCAAACUUCAGGAUUCGGCUCCAGGAUCUGGAACCUGAGUGACAGGCCAGUUGAGCUGCAAAUAAGAGUGGGAUCAAUACUGAAAAAGGUUCACACAUUGAAGCCAGGCUCUUCAAAGAGACUAAAAUGCAAGAGCAUAUACAAGGCCUACAUGCCUGGAAGAAGUGGAAGUGCCACUACUGGAAGCAUGAAGAGCUUGCUUUAUUACUAUGAUGAAACUUGUCAACCUUAUAUUUGGGUGCAUGACACUGGAGGUGAUUUCUCCAGAAUGGUCAAGCAACAGUACAUUAGCCUGGAAGACCUGAGGGAUUAUUCUGAGAUUAGAAUUUUCAGGGAUCAUCAAAGAGGCUGCAUAUCUGUCCGCAAGAAACCUAGGCCAGAUGUUUGCUGACUCUGGAUAGCAUACAAUUGAAGUUAUUUUGUGAGAUUAUUAAUGUGUGAUUAAUGAAAUUGAAGUUUUUGUUUUCUUUCUCCAGAUUGUUUUUUCUUUCAAAGAUUCUUGUAUUGGGUGGUUUUCAAGAAUUCAGCUCACACAUAGCAACAUGUAAUGAGAUUAUAGGUCUUGAUUAAUUCUUUAAUGAUCUGAUAUGAUAUUUGAGGA